AUGGCAGAAUAUGAAGCACGUAUCUACGGUUUAGAGGCGGCAAUCGACUUGAGAAUCAAGAUUCUUGAGGUAUUCGGUGAUUCAGCUCUACUAAUCAGUCAGGUGAAAGGCGAUUGGGAGACUCGGGAUAGCAAGUUGAUACCUUAUAAAGAGCAUAUCAGAAAAUUGAUACCCCAUUUUGAUGAAAUCUCUUUCCACCAUAUUUCUAGGGAAGAAAAUCAGUUAGAAGACACUCUAGCCACGUUGGCACCUAUGUUCAGAGUCAAAUGGAAGAACGAAGCACCGCCCAUCCAAAUUGACCACUUAGAUGAAUCAGCGCAUUGGCUAGAAAUCGAGGUUAACCCUGAUGAUAAGCCUUGGUUCUACGAUAUAAAAACAUUUCUGGAGAAACAACAAUAUCCCGAGGGUAUAUCCAUUACCGAUAAGAAAGCUCUAAGAAGACUCUCUUCCAAGUUCUUCGUAAACGGUGAUGUACUAUACAAGAGGAAUUAUGAUUCCGUACUACUCAGAUGCAUGGAUAGACAUGAAGCUAGUACAAUCAUAAAGUCCAUAUACGAGGGCUGCGAGGGUGUACAUGCGAAGGGUCCUGCUCACGUGAAUAGCCUCAGCAAUAACUUGAGACUCAAGAAUCCCUUCCAAACCACUAGAAGGAACUCUAUCAAAAACUGGACAUCUGAAACUGUAUUUCUGAGUAUUCCUUCUUCCAAUAUCCAUGAUCAAAAUAUCUACGAUGUUUGCAAUGAGAAUCUCUAA